AUGGAGGAGUCCCUGGGGGACGCCUCUGCGGCCUCCGUGGCCAUGUCGUCCUUCGAGGAGCGCCAGGACCUGCUGAGCAUCUGGCAGCUCGACCCCUCGCUGGCGCAGCGGCUCGGCGCGGGCGCCGGCCCCGACCGCGGCGCGCACGCGGAGGCCCCGGCGGCGACCGCCGCGGCCGGCCCGCCGCCCGGCGCUCUCGCCGCGGCGCCGCGGGGCGUGCCGCCGGCAGCGUCGAGCUCGCCGUCGCUGGAGAUUUGUCGCCGAUGGUGUCGGCAGUCGGGUCGGAGGCGUCGGAGCAGCUUGCCGACGAGGUUCUCGACACAAUCGCCGAGCACGGUGGUGCGGCGCUAUGGCAGCGAGAUCGCUCUGGCUAGCCUUUGCCGCGGUCUCCGUGACCGAGCCGACAGUGUCGUCGAGCUCAGCUUUGUUGGAGCAAUCGCCGGUGAUGCUGGCAUCCGGGUCAGCGGCGUGGUAGCAGCUUGCGGAGAAGAUUCUCGACGCGAUCGCCGAGUCCGGUGGCGCGGCGCCGUGGCAGCGGGACCCCUCCGAGCAGCCUCGGCAGCGGCGCAGCGUUCGUUGCCGAUGCCACUCUCUCUCCUCCUCCUCCUCCUCCUCCUCCUCCUCCUCCUCUCCUCCUCCUCCUCCUCCUCCUCCUCCUCCUCCUCCUCCUCCUCCUCCUCUCCAUCCGCUGGGGCCGAGCUGGUGUGUGGCCCUGUGUGGCGGUGCCGGUGCCGCGAUGGUUUUUUUUUGGUUCGCGGCAGCAGGCAGCGGGCGGCACCAGAGGUGGCGAGUGGCUGGGCGCGGGCCGCGGCGCAGCGCGAUCGAUAA